AUGUCCGACCUCUUCGUUGAGCUGACUGCGCCCAAUGGUCGCAAGUACCAGCAGCCAAGAGGUCUUUUCAUCAACAACGAAUUCGUCAAGUCCAAGUCAGGUGAAACCAUCACUUCCAUAAACCCGAGUGAUGAGAGCGAUAUUGUAUCUGUAUAUGCGGCUGGGCCCGAAGAUGUCGACGAUGCCGUGGCAGCUGCACGGAAAGCCUUCAAGAACCCAGACUGGCGAGACAUGGACACUAACGCGCGAGCUGACCUUCUCUACAAGUUUGCCCAGUUAAUCGAGGAACACAAGGAAACGCUAGCGACGAUUGAAACCUGGGACAACGGCAAGCCUUACUCCGUCUCACUGAAUGACGACUUGGGCGAAGUUGUCGGUACUAUCAAGUACUACGCAGGAUACGCCAACAAGAUUCACGGCACAGUCAUUGACACCUCACCUGCCAAGCUGGCGUACACAGUCCGUGAGCCACUUGGUGUCUGUGGCCAGAUCAUCCCAUGGAACUUCCCUCUUGCAAUGGCGGCAUGGAAGCUGGGACCUGCUCUCUGCACCGGCAACACAGUGGUCUUGAAGGCCGCCGAACAAACACCCCUUUCUAUUCUGUAUCUUGGAAACUUGGUCAAGGAAGCUGGCUUCCCUCCUGGCGUUAUCAACUUUAUCAACGGUGAAGGAAGGAAGGCUGGUGCCGCUUUAGCCCAGCAUCUCGACGUCGACAAGAUUGCCUUUACUGGAUCCACCGCUACAGGAAAGGAGAUUAUGAAGAUGGCAGCUGUCAACAUGAAGAACAUCACACUUGAAACGGGUGGCAAAUCGCCACUAGUAGUGUUUGAUGAUGCAGAUCUUGAUCAAGCAGUCAAAUGGAGUCACGUCGGUAUCAUGUACAACCAAGGCCAGGUUUGCACGGCGACUUCAAGAAUUCUUGUGCAAGAAGGCAUCUAUGAUAAAUUCGUUGAAGCUUUCAAGGAGCACGUCAAGACCACCUCUGUGGUUGGCGACCCCUUCAAAGACGACACAUUCCAGGGACCUCAGGUUACCAAGACGCAGUUCGACCGCGUUCUGUCAUACAUUGAGUCUGGCAAGUCAGAGGGCGCCACUCUUGUAGCCGGCGGAGAAGCGUACAAGAACGUUGGCGGCAAGGGCUUCUUCGUCUCGCCUACUAUCUUUACUAAUGUCAAGGACAACAUGAAGAUCUACCGCGAAGAAGUGUUUGGUCCGUUCGUCGUCAUCAGCUCGUUCAAGGAGGAAGACGAGGCGAUUGAGCGUGCUAACGACACGACAUAUGGUCUUGGCGCAGCAGUCUUCACUGAGAACAUCACCAAGGCUCAUCGUGUUGCUAGGCGGAUUGAAGCGGGUAUGGUCUGGAUCAAUUCAAGCAACGAUUCUGACAUUCGCAUCCCAUUCGGAGGUGUGAAGCAGUCUGGUAUCGGCCGAGAGCUGGGAGAGGCUGGACUCGAGGCAUACACCAACAAGAAGGUACGUCGCACCAACAAAGAGACAUUCAGGGCCGGCUAACAUAAUGACUAGGCCAUCCAUGUCAACCUAGGAAACAAGCUAUAGUGGACAUGUAUACUAUGCAAAACCAAGAUGCCAGUGACAAGCCUCGAAACUGUGGCCAGGUGCUAUGUGUGGAGUCUUGCAAGGACACCAAAUAAGGUCACAUGUGCACCCAAGAUAUCCGCCCUUGGCGCCACGGCUUGGGCUGUUGACGUGCUAAAGGAAGUGGAGAAGGCACAAGUCAACAUGAAUGCAAAUGUCGGUGAAAAGUGUUUGUCGUAAAGCCAUGGCUCUCCUGACACGUGUGACGUUCUGCAGGUACGCGCUCAAUACCCCUUGGGCAGCGAGAGAAAAUGUCGCAACGGCGGGAUGUGGAAAGUGACCUUGGGCGCAUGUGCAACAGUGUAGUCGCGCCGCCUAGCAGCGGAGCAAGAAUGCUUGCGUAAGCUCUCGAAGGCGACUAGCGGAGAACAGGGCUCCGA